UUGUUCCUGGCACGCAGAGGGGACUGAGUCAUGAGUCAUCGAUGCGCUCUCCUUCCGUGUAGCAAGAACGGUCGACGAAUACUGAUGGCGCGCACAGAGUAACAAUCGGUGGCGCUGCCACGGUUCGAGCUGAUAGCGCAAUGCAGCAUACUUGUUACUUAGUUGGUCCAUGGAGGCAAGGUUUGGUGUACGGCGGGUGCCGGCGGCAGCAGUAGUCUUGGAUGUCCGCGGAACUGCGGCCGUAUGCGACGAGAAGCGAUACGCGAGCUCUCCAAGUUCGAAAUUAUCGAUAGCUUGCGCGGCCCUGGGCAUUCUCACGUUCUCUCGUGCUCUCAGUAUUCAACGAGAGUUGCGCUCCCUGAGGAGAAUGUAUGGGACCAGGGAGAUUAGUGUAGGGUGAGGGAGUGAAAGCAUGAGAAGGGGGGGGGCGAUGUCG